UAUACAUUGUGACUACGCUCUCUGUGUCUAACAUUAUAGGAUGGACAGAAGAAAUGUCAUUUCUUUGCUCUUCAUUACUCAAGGCAUUCUGCUGAAAUUCUGCAUGCCAUUCAAUGUUGGGCUCUCCGGUAACAAAGUACUUUCCGGUCCAAAAGAUGUACAGUUUGGUUAUGCCAUUCAACAAUUCAAGAAUUCAGAGGGAAACUGGCUGCUGGUUAGCUCCCCUUGGAGUGGAUUUCCUAAGAACCGGAUGGGGGAUGUCUACAAAUGUCAAGUCGGUCUAUUAUCACCACCAUGCAGUAAACUGAGCUUGGCAAGUGCCAGUAUUAUCCCAAAUGUAACUGAAGUGAAGGAACAAAUGAACCUUGGCCUAACACUGAUAAGAAAUGAAAAUACUGGUGGAUUCUUAACAUGUGGCCCAUUAUGGGCCCAGCAAUGUGGAAAUAAUUUUUAUGCAACAGGAAUGUGCUCUGAUAUAAGCCCAACAUUCCAGGUCCUCAGAAGCUUUUCUCCUGCUCUUCAGACAUGCACAUCAGAAAUUGAUAUCGCUAUUGUAUGUGAUGGAUCAAACAGCAUUUAUCCAUGGUCAGCAGUUCGAAACUUUUUGGAGAAGUUUGUUGAGGGUUUAGAUGUUGGACCUACAAAGACUCAGGUGAGUCUGAUACAGUAUGGAAAUUUUCCAAGUGUGAUGUUUAGAAUGAACCGCUACACCAAUAAAGAAGAUAUGAUGAAAGCUAUAUCUGGUACCUCUCAAAUGGGAGGAGACCAGACAAACACCUUCAAAGCAAUUGACUUCACCAGGCAGUCUGCAUUUUCUGCUGAAUAUGGAGGACGUCCCAAUGCUAACAAAGUCAUGGUGGUCAUUACCGAUGGUGAAUCUCAUGACAACGCAAUACUAAAGGACGUCAUCACGCGCUGUGAAAAGGAUAAGAUUACACGAUUUGGCAUAGCGGUAUUAGGAUAUUACAAUAGAUACAGCAUUGACAGCAAAAACCUCAUUAAUGAAAUCAAAGGAAUCGCCAGUGACCCCAAGGAGAAAUUCUUCUUUAAUGUGUCAGAUGAAGUUGCACUUUUAGAUAAAGCUGGAACCUUGGGAGAAAGGAUUUUUAGCAUCGAAGGAACCACACAAGGAGGUGAAACUUUUCAGAUGGAAAUGUCACAAGUAGGCUUCAGUGCACAGUACUCACAGAACAAGAAAUCUCUGAUGUUGGGAGCUGUUGGUGCUUAUGACUGGAGCGGCACUGUUGUGCACCAAAAUUCAAAUGAAUUCUCUAUUUUCCCCCACAAUGCCUUUGAAAAAGUUCUUCAUGACCGAAAUCAAAGUUCUUAUUUAGGAUAUUCUGUUGCCAUUCUCAAUGUGGGGAACUCGGUGAACUUUGUUGCUGGAGCCCCAAGAACGAACUACACUGGUCAGGUUGUGGUGUACACCAUUAAUGAUAAGGGGAAUGUGACAAUCCUUCAGAUACAGAGAGGAGAACAGAUUGGCUCCUAUUACGGCAGUGUGCUGUGCGCUAUAGAUGUGGACAGGGAUUCUAUCACGGAUGUGUUGUUAGUAGGAGCCCCCAUGUUCAUGAAUGAGAACAAGAAAGAACAAGGACAAGUCUAUUUAUUUUCUAUAAAUGGGGGAACUUUAAGUCAGCGUGAACUCUUGGAAGGCCCUGACAAUUUGGAGAAUGCUCGGUUCGGGGCAGCUAUAUCAGCAAUAUCUGAUAUUGAUCUGGAUGGUUUUAAUGAUGUUAUUGUUGGAGCACCUUUAGAACAUGAGGCCAGCGGUGCUGUUUAUAUUUACAAUGGAAAUAAAAAUACAAUCAGGACCAAGUAUUCCCAGAAAAUACUUGGAUCCUCAAUUAACACACAAUUGCAGUUUUUUGGAAGAUCAGUUGAUGGACACAUAGAUUUGAAUGGAGAUUCCAUCACUGACGUGUCUGUUGGUGCGUAUGGGAAAGUAAUUCAGUUUUGGUCACUGGGUAUAGCAGAUGUGUCCAUAAAGGCAUCAUUUAUCCCAGAUAAAAUAAUUCUCACAAACAAAAAUAGUGAGAUUACUGUAAAAAUCUGCUUCAUGGCAAGAUUCAGACCAGCUAAUUCCAAGAGUCAAUCCGUGGCUAUCACUUACAACGCUACAUUAGAUGCCGAUCUCCUAUCUUCAAGAGUGACAUCUAGAGGACAAUUUAAGGAGACUGGUGACCGAGCUAUAAUGAGAAACAUUGAUAUCAGCACAGAAGAAAGAUGUUUUGAACACAUUUUUAAUGUUCAGGAGACAUCAGACUCGGAAAAUGCACUGGCGGUACGCAUCAAUAUUGCCGCUCAGAAACCAAACACCAGCCCAGUUUUAAACCCGUAUUCAUCUGGUUCAAGCGAAUUGUUUAUUCCCUUCCUAAAAGACUGCGGUGAUGAUGGAAUUUGCACCUCAGAUCUUUUACUACAAGUGGAGCAGAAACCAAAGGAUGUACAAAAGUGAAUAAUAUGUCCUUUUUUUUUUUUUUUUUUUUUUUUUAAUGUUGUCAGCGACAAGAACAGGCGGCUGCUUUUCCAAGUGACUCUGACCAACAAAAGAGAUGGGGAAAAUGCAUACAACGCAAAGCUGAAAGCUGUUUUCUCAGAAAAUUUGUUCUUUGCAUCUUCAACGACUUCAAGCGAUGGAACAGAGGUGUUGUGCCAAGUUGGUAAUGCUCAAGGUUCCGUGACCUGCCUUGUAGGUUUUCCUUUCUUGAAGCCAGGACAAACGGUGACGUUUGAUAUUGGAUUUGAUUUUAACCUUAAACAUCUUCAGGAUAAAGCAUAUAUAUUCUUCCAGGUCACAAGUGAAAGCAAAGAAGCCUAUGAAGAAGACAAUACCAUUAACAGAACAAUUCAUGUUCAAUAUGAUGCAGAGAUCCACUUAACAAGGUCCACCAACAUUAACUUCUAUGAGGUGUUCUCUGGAGCCAAUGUGCCCUCACGGAUAAACAAUUUUGAUGGAAUUGGUCCUGAAUAUAACUUCACAAUAAAAAUCAGUCCUGGAACCAUGCCAGUGAGAGCGGCAUUCUUAACCAUUAAUAUCCCAGCGUUCACCAAAGGUAACAACCCUCUGAUGUACAUCACCUCAGUGCAGACAGAUCAGGUUAAUGGAAUCGCUUGCAAUCCCAGCGUUAAUCCUCUUCAGAUAGGAAUAAAAGAAUAUGUCGUUUCAUUCAAUGAGGAGAACCUUCGGAAUGUCCGUGAAUUAAGCUGUGAUAACACAAAGUGCACCACAUUUAAGUGUGUGAUUGAAGACCUGCAACCCAGAGAUUACUUUGUGAACGUAUCGACCAGAAUAUGGAACGGGACCUUUGCAGCUUCAUCAUUCCAAGCACUGGAGUUGGUAGCAAGAGCAAAGCUUGAAACGUCCAACCCUGAGUUAUUUCUUGUCAGCAAGAACUAUUUAUUGAUUCCACUCACAGUAAUAAAGCCUGGUGAGAAGUCUGAGGUUCCUAUUGGAGUGAUCAUUGGAAGUGCGUUAGCUGGACUGCUCUUACUUGCUGCAUUGGUGGCUGGUCUGUGGAAGCUUGGCUUUUUCAAAAGAAAAUAUCAAAAACUUCAGAAAACUGAAGAUGAAAUGGCAGAGACUGCUCAACUUAAUUAACCAUCGCCUUAUUUUUUUGUAAUAACUGUAAUUUCUUAAGGAGAAUUAUUUGUACAAAGCUCUUUUUUAUUUUAUAAAAUCAGGAAAGUUAUUUUUAUCAAACUGCAGGGCAGUUUGUUUUUUGGUAUCGUCUUUUUUAUUAUAUACCUUGACUAGCUGGACUGGGGAUCUUCGCUACAAUUUUGUGGUUUGAAAUGUUAGUUUUUACAUAGUUGAACAUUUUUUUUUAUGCAGUUGUACAUUUUGGUUUACAUUUUGUGUGUUUGGGAAUUUCAUUAUUUGGAUUACAAAUGUAUAGUUGCUUUUAUC